AUGGCUUCAUCUCUUACCACGUUCCAUGAACCCAUAUCUGGAGUGUUUGGAGCGUUCUUCAUCGUACUUGUCAUGCUUAUGAUAGUAUCGGUGCCCGCCUAUCUCUAUUUGUUUCAGCGGCGUUAUGUUUUUGUACGUACAUUGGCUACAAGUAAGAGUUACAGUGACAUUUUAACGGCAUUGAAGAAUGAGUUCUCAGGCCACUAUCGCAUCCCGUGGACCCAUCUUACGCAGUUUCAGGUGGCAAAGGCGCCCUAUAGUAUUCCUGCUGUCUCUCUUGAAUACGAUGUUAUCAAGAUUUCUGCACAUGACAAUCACGACGACUUCUUUCACGCAGCGGUGACAACAGAGUUCAUGGACCUUACGGGAGAACAGAUACGUGCAGGGCCUGUCGUCAAUCUUGCCAUAGUGCUGUUGCCCUUCGGCUCGACGCACUACUCUCGUCCGGUACGGCGAUUGAUUCACGAGAUAGAAAAGCGAGGAGUUCCGACUAUUUGCAUGAUCGACCGUAACACUCCAGGCUACGAGUUCCCAUAUACCUGCGAGCCUCGGAGGAACUCCUACCUGGACCAUCAUGACUCUUACCUCUCAGUGGAGUUUUUAGCAGACGCUUUGUGUAUACAACUUGCCGCAACAGAAAAAGAGCAGGGAACCAGUUCCAUAAAGUUGAAUCAGAAGUUGUUGCUAGAGUACGCAGCCCUCCGAUCUAACCCAGUCAUGAACCAAGGGAGGAGUGAUGGGCACAGCCAAUCACUGACUUUGCACCUGCGCUUCCACUUUGUGGGCUAUUCGCUUGGAGCUAUGCGAAUAUCACGCAUUUUGGCAGAUAGCAACAUGGAUAAAGCACUUGCAGAUAUCGUACAACGGGUAGGAGGUCGCUAUCCGUUCAUCGAACUUUCUGCUGUGAUAGCCUCUGCCUCCUGUGGCUACGCUACGUUCGAUGUGCAAGCGCCCCUUAAUCACCCAAAGCAUGUGCAGCGCAUGCUAGCCAAACACUUGAUCCAGGAGUUUAGAGAAAACGCCGAGAAGAGAGCAUACUUGAUGAAACAUCUGGCGGAGAAGGUGGACAACCCAGCAGAAGUGUUAGAGCGAGCAAUGAGCAGUGGGCUACUGUCCGACUUGGAUGCACAUCUCAGUUGCGCACUCUAUGAGUUUGAAAACUAUGCAGACUAUUACAAGGAGCUACUUCCGACUGGGAAGAUACGCCUCUUCCAUCCGACGGUUCCUGUUUUGUUCCUUAAUGCUCUUGAUGACUUCAUCACAGGAAAGAACAUUUAUAUCGAUGAACUGAAGGAGCAUCCGUGCGUUGUUGCCAUUGUACUAAAUAAGGGAGGCCAUCUUGGCACCCUUCUACGCACUGGAGAGGAUGUUUCCUCCAAGAUUAUUGCCAAAUGGAUAGAUAUGCACCGGUGA